UUUCUCUUUUACUACAAGAUUUUCUGCAUUCAUUUUUUAUUUUUCAUUUAUCUUUGGCAGUAAAAUUAUUUUCUCUCGUUAAAUUGAACGUUCAAGUCUUGUCAUUUCCACAAAUUGAAUUUAUCUCUUGCAGCUCGUCACACACCACAACUUUAUUAAUCGACACAGUACGGCUGACGCGAGAUAUUGCGCGCACAGCCUCGUUAAAACACACACAUACAAAUAUAUAUAUAUAUACACAAGCGCUCAUUCACGGGUAACCAGGCAAACAAACGGCGACAACUAGCAGAUGCAACAAAAGCCAACGAAUGCAUCAGCAGCCAUUGCACUGGAUUCAUCGUCUAGUCCAGAAUUGGCGGCGACCAUAUCAACAACACAUGAUGCGUCCGAAAACGCAAAAUACGCGGCCAUGACAUCUAUUGCGGGUGGAAUAGCCGGAUGUACAGCAAAGACCGUGGUGGCGCCGCUGGACCGCGUGAAGAUUUUGUUUCAGACGCACAACUCUAAGUAUGUCAAAUAUGCGGGCACACAUUUUGGACUUUUCAAGGCCGGAAAGGCUAUAUAUCGGGAGUACGGGGUCCGCGGCCUGUUUCGGGGCCAUUCGGUGCAGCUCGCAAGAAUAUUUCCAUACGCAGCUGUCAAGUUCAUGACAUACGAGCAGCUCAAAAUGAUUCUCAGCAGAAGGAUACAAGACCAGCACUUGCGAAAUUUUUUGGCCGGAUCACUAUGCGGCAGCAUCAGCGUUGCGGUCACUUACCCUCUAGACAUGAUCCGUGUGCGUAUGGCGUACCUGACACCCACCAGCGGGAUGCCAGCCGAGCGUGUGCGCACCGUUGCACAGAUGAUAUACAAGGAGCCGGCAUACCGGUUCGGCAUACUGAACUUUUUCCGAGGCUUUCCGCUAUCGCUGAUGGGUAUCAUCCCUUAUGGCGGCGUAUCAUUUCUGACACAUGAAUACUUUGCAUCACUGGCGCGAGACAGGUUUGGCAGCAUUACCGCCAAGCCGCUUGACCAGCGGAAAAGCAGAGACCGGCGGCGCAAGAAGAACGAGCUCAAGGCAUGGGUCGAGCUCACAUCAGGCGGGUUGUCUGGCGUGAUUGCUCAGACAGUGUCGUACCCGUUUGAGCUGGUUAGGCGGCGGAUGCAAAUUGCCGGAGCGCAUGACCCGUCAAGCAGGGGCAGCGCGAUACCGAUAAUACGAGAGGUGUGGAAGACAGCGGGCGUGCGCGGAUUUUUUGUCGGGCUGACGAUCGGCUACGUCAAGGUUGUGCCGAUGUUCGCGGUGUCGUUCUACAUGUAUGAAAAGCUCAAGGCGCUCUUUGAUCUCGAGUGAAGAGCUGGCUUGUUGAGACCGGGCGAGCCGCAAAUAUAGAAUUGUGCAGCACGCAAUGAAAAAUUUUAUUAAUUAUAAAUAUAGAUGCUGG